AUGUUUCAAUGUACACAGUGCUCAUCUGAAUUUACACGUAAAGAUGCUUUAGUCAGACAUGGAAAAACUCAUACCGGUAUUCGUUUUCCGUGCUCUGUUUGCCCAUCGAUAUUCACCUAUAAAACCAGCCUAACCAAACAUUUGAAAAAUGUUCAUGGUUUUGUUAACGUUCCGGCACAUCGUCAGCCCAAUGCACAGAUUGAUCAACCCGUUCCACAGAUUCAGAUUGGACCGCAAAUAUUUGUCCCCGAUGUUCCUGCUGGUGGCUCGAACAUGAUGUCCGAGGACGAUAUUUGCAUGGCAGCUAUGGACGAAUUCGAAGAUACAGAUUCUUACACCGUUCCCGUUAACGGGAAACGUGUUUCGACUGCCAACACCGUGUCGGCUGCUAGAGCAAAAAAAAAUUAG